AUGAUCUUCAUGGGCGACUUCUUCCAGCUCCCACCGCCGGAGGGCGGCUUCAUUGCGGAUGUUCCCCACAGCCUGAAGUCUGCCACCGGGGUCGACAAGAGUCCGGACCCUCUCGUCGAGGCCGGUCGCGACCUUUUCUGGCGCGGAGCGGUCCAAGGCGUCACCGAGCUGACGGAGACUCGACGGUGCUCCGACGAGUGGUGGAACGAAGUGGUGGAGCAGCUUCGACAAGGCCGCCUGUCGGAAGAGAACCACAAGUACUUGCACGGCAUUCCCGUGGAAGGCUGCACCCUGUCGGAAGCGGCGGUGGUCAUCGUGGCCAACAACGAUGCUCGCUACCAGAUCAACAAAGACAAGGCCAGAGCCUACAGCAAGGAGUCCGGCGCUCCUCUCAGGUGGUCAGUUGCCAAGGACGUGGCGGAGGCCAAAGCUCUUCAAGCCGAGGACUGCAGCAAGGAGGCCAAAAGGAAGUGGCUGCAGUACCACGACCGACACACGGGAGAUCUGUGCGGCCUGCUCCCCCUCGCCAUCGGCAUGCCGGUCGCCCUCACCGACCACGUGGACCGGUCCGACAAGUUCCUGCUUCGCGGGCGCUGCGGGCACGUGCAUUCCUGGGUGUGGCCCGAAAACGAGCAGCAGCCGGAGGUGGUGUACGUCAAAUUCCCGGAUGUGACGUGGCAGCUCCCCGGCACGCCCGAGCCCGGCAUCUAUCCCCUGCGGCCCGUAACGGAAGCAUGGUUUCUCGACCGGGGGCGCGAAAACCCUGUCCUGAAAGUGAAACGAAAGCAGCUUCAGCUGACCCCGGCCUUCGCGAUUACGGCGCACAGCAGCCAGGGCAAGACGCUGGAUGCCACACUGCUCGACCUGAACGUGGACAAGAACGUCCACCAGACCCUGGGCACCGUGGCGGCGAGCCGUGUCCGCAGCCGCGAGGACGUGCUCAUUCUGCGUCCCUUCCCGCUCUGGCUGUUCCAGCGCGGAGCGCCCGAAGGCCCCGAUCUGCUGCUGAAGACUCUCCGCAAAGAGCCCGUGGAUUGGAAGGCCUGGCGCGAAAGCAAGAACCCCUUCGCCGCCUGCGGAAGUUGUGGCCACGUGAAAGACUUCGCGAACUUCUCCUACGCCGAGUGGGGCAAAGUGCGAGCCAACCGGGCGGCCAAGUGCCUCCACUGCGAGAAGGGCGGCAAAACCACCGGCAAGCGCAAAAUCAGCAGGGACGCCGAGAUCUUCACCAAGCACGCUUGCGACAUCUGUGGUUGCAGCAAAAUGGCGGCGGCAUUCCCGGUGGCGCAGCUGCGCCAAGAAGGACCAAAUGUCAAGAAGGUGUGCACGCAGUGUGCGCGCAAUCAGCGCACUCUGACAUGCGCUAUGUGUGGGAAGACCAAGCCUUCGGACGCAUUCGAUGCGACAAUGUGCACCCUGCCACCUGGCUGCGCAGCAUGCGCCGACUGUCAGCAGGAGCUGCAUCCAAAGGCGAAGCGCUUGCGAGGAG